AUGAAAAAAACAGAAAAGAGUUUAAAACUAAAAUCUAGUUCUGAUAAAAAGGUUAGUGAGAAAAUAUCUUUGAAAAAGAAUAAUCUUAAUACUAUUAACCAGGCUGUUCAUUCUUCAAAACAUGAUGAUCAUUUAAAUACAUUUUUGCAUCGUAAACAUAAAAUUAAGAAACUCAAGAAAAAAGGUAUCCACUUGUUAGAAAAAAAUAAUCCAGUUCUUGCACCUCCAAUGGAAUUAUCACUACAUAAUCUUAAGCAUACUUGGUUAUACAAAAAGAAACGUAUUGAACGUCGAAAUGUGUAUAAACGUUUUGCAUAA